UGAGAAGAAAGUAAACAGCUUGGCUUGGACACUUGCUCACACCUUAUCUCCUGUGAUGCACGCACACAACUGAGUUGCGCUAUCCAUAGUAUCUCAGAGACCGACUGUCACGAAGCGAGAAGGAGAAAACAGACGUUUGGAGCAGGUUGUCUACCAGUUAUGCAGUACAACAGAACGCGUAGGCCGCUUUGUUCUCAGAGGAGACAAAAAAAUGACAAAUGAUAACCUGAAUAAGCUGUUGGUAUUUUGUGUAUUAUUUUACGCUCAGAAGGCGUCCAUCGUGCAUGGUGCACAAGCUUUGGAAACUAAAGGUAGGACACAUUUCCCCCAAAUAUCCUACUUGUUUUCUUGACCUUCUAUAACACAAGUGUUUACAAUUACAACACUUAUUUUUAAAUCAUGUUAUAUUUUGUAUUUCGACAUAUGUUUGAUGUUUUAGAUUUGGGUUAAGAUUUUGAGACAUGUUAUCAAUUGUCUAAAGUUUUUUUUGGGUGUUUCCUUGCACAUUUGGUGAAUUUAAUAGGCUGUUAAUAAUAAUCAUUAAUCAUCAAUAGUCAUUCCUCUGGAGCUGUUUGGGGACUUACUUUAAGUCUUCAGCAGUGUUUACUAAAUUGUCAAAACAUCUCCCGAGUGGCGCAGUGGUCUAAGGCACUGCAUCGCAGUGCUAGCUGUGCCACUAGAGAUCCUGGUUCGAAUCCAGGCUCUGUUGUAGCCGGCCGCGACUGGGAGACCCAUGGGGCGGCGCACAAUUGGCCCAGCUUCGUCCAGGGUAGGGGAGGGAAUGGCCGGCAGAGAUGUAGCUCAGUUGGUAGAGCAUGGUGUUUGCAACGCCAGGGUUGUGGGUUCCAUACCCACGGGGGGCCAGUAUGAAAAAUAAAAAAAUUAUGUAUGCACUCACUAACUGUAAGUCGCUCUGGAUAAGAGCGUCUGCUAAAUGACUAAAAUGUCAAACCAAUAAGGUCCCAAAACCCAUUUUCCUUGUGGACUAAGCCUUCCCUCCCUUGUCCACACAGUGGCUCUGCUCCUCCACGUUGAGCCAGAGAAUCCAAAGUGCUUUGCUGAGGGGAUGUGGGACCUCACCUGCUUCUGGGAGGAGGAUGAGGAAAAGGGCUGGCUCUGCUGAUCAGUACUCAUUCAUAUACACAUACCAGUAAGUCAUGAUCUGGCAAAGUGUUCAGUUAAUAAUUGCUGCUGCGUGUACCAUAUCCUCUCACGCUGUCUUGGUAGAGGGUAGCUACCUGCUAUGAAUAUGUGUUUUGAAGUAUGAUCACCUCAAUUGUCCAUUUAGCCUAGAAACUUGAUACAAAGUGUGUAAACAAUCCAAAUGUCUCUCCUCCUCUGCAGGAAUGAGAACAGCAGUGAGUGUGCCGUAACUGCCCUACCAGCAGCAGGCGGCAAGAGACUGUAUUUUUGCAGGUUGUCCCAGACUCAAUUAUUUGUGCCCCUUGACAUUCGGGUGUUUCAGGAUGGCCUGCUGAUCCACAACCGCAGUCUCUUCGUUGAACUUGUCUGUGAGUUAUAGAGUUUUCGUUGUGGGUGACUUUUGGGAACAAUUCCAUUUGUUUUUCUCAGGAUUUAGGAAUGAAAUGUUCUUCUCCUGUCUGUGUGUCAGUCCUGUUAGACCCGCCUGCCAAUCUGACAGUGACGAGUACAGGGAAGCAGGGGCAGCUGAAGGCCAGCUGGCUGCCUCCCUCUCUCAAGUACAUGAGCGACAGCAUGAUGUACGAGGUCAGCUACGCCAUGGCAGGGAGCCACAUUGGAAAGGUACUGAACAACACACACCUCACCAACACACACGCUUAUAUCAGAGGUAGAAGUUUGUUACCAGACAAGAGAAACGUUUGAAGUCUUUGUGAAUAAUGGUGCCGUUCCUUUAUUGGCCUUCUGCAGAGAUGUGUCAAUGACAAUGCAUUAUCGUCUUGUCUUCAGGUGGAGGAGGUGCAAGCCAGCUCUGAGCUCAUCUUGCGUGGUCUGCAGUCAGGGACCAAGUACAAUGUGCGCAUUCGUGUCAAACUGGACGGCAUCAGCUACAGCGGCUACUGGAGCGCCUGGACUGACCCGGUACUGAUGGAAACAAUGCCUGGUGGUAAGCUUCUUUCUCCUGCAGCAACAUUCACAUUGUCACCAAAAUAAUGUGCUUGUCUUGUGAGCUAAACAUCUUUGUUCUAUUUGUGAGGGAUCCCUCCCUUGGAUUUCAUCCCUGGUGUAACCUUGUUGCUGUGCCAUCUUAUUUGCAGACUUGGACCCUCUCAUCGUGUCCCUGAGUCUCAUCAUCGCUCUCGUCCUCACCCUGCUGUCUCUCAUUGUGCUCAUGUCCCAUUCCAGGUCAGUUUCCAUAAACAACAACUUUCCAUAGUUCUUAGUAUACCAGACAUCAUCAGUGGUAUAUUUAUGGAAUAAGGCUGUACAAUAUUGUCCUCAGGUUCCUGUUGAAGAACAUCUGGCCAAUCAUUCCCACCCCUGAAAGCAAGUUCCAAGGCCUCUUUACGGUUUAUGGCGGUGACUUUCAGGUGAGUCUUUGUAUCCUUGGAAUAUGAAAGUCAGUAUGAAGUACCUUGUGCAGUGUUUAUCUAUAUCCUUUGUGUGUAUUGUAGUCUGUUCAUCUUGACUCAAUAUUAGUGCAGACUCCUGAACCUCUCUCAUUCGGUUUGUCAAUAGGAGUGGUUGGGCCACAGCACUGGAGGCUUAUGGUUGAGGCCAGCCUACUUCUACUCCGAGGAAUUCCCGGCUCCACUAGAGGUCCUCUCAGAGGUUAGCCUUGGUCCCGCUUUGCCGCCCAAGGCCUCAGAGGCACUUGGUGAAAAAGGAGAGGAGGAGGAGGAUGAAGACAAGAAGCUAAAGAGGGUGGACUCUGCAUUGAUGGAGGGGUGGAGAGAAACCCCCCAGGAGCACUGGCUGAUGGACCAGCUCCGGGCUUUUCAUCAGCACCCUGCACCCCGGUCCCAGUCGUCUCUACUGGAGUCCCACGAUGCCUACGUCACCCUCAACGCUCAGAACCACAGUGGGGAGGAGCCUCUUGAUGACAUAUUGGAGGAAACCUUGCCCCUGCAGGUUCUCUUUGCCUCUGGAAGGACAUCCUCUGAAUCUCGGUCAGACUUGGGCUCCCUCCAACAGAGCUCAGGGUCGGGCCGCCUCUCGUCCCAGUCCAGUUUUGAGUACCCAAACCACACCUGGCCGCCCAAGGGCCCCGGGUACACCUACAUGGCAGUGGCCGACUCGGGUGUCUCCAUGGAUUACAGUCCGAUGAGCUCGAGUAAGAUCGAUGACAUUGGGAAGGGAGUUAUCUAUACCAAUGAGUACAAGAACGAGAUCCCUGCACACAGAAGACCCAUAGGUACCCCCAUCCACUUUGCAUUCUGAAUUAAGGCUAAGCUAUGUAACAGGCUAUGAACUGAGGCUUAAAGGUCCAAUGAAGCUGAAAAACAGUUGAAUAUUUGCCAUUGGGAUGUUUGGCCAAGGCUUCUACAUUGACUCGAUCUUCUUGUCAGUGGAAUGUAAAAAGCCAGGAUGUAGGCUACUCUCAUAACUAUGCGAUAACAGACAAACUAAAAUGUAAGCUAAAAGGCUUUGGUAAGGAAAAGUCAAAAUUAUCCCUGAUAAGGAUUGUAUAUUUCUUUGGAUGUCAUAAGCUCAUUCUCACAAUAUCCCUUCAUCAGAAGGCAGCUGUUUGAGAAAUACAUGAACAACUGAAACACUCUAAAGCUGAUAUUAUAAAACACAUGUAAUGUGUAUAUCUAAGAUCAUUGGAUCUUGUAGGUACAUUUAUAAGGUUAUUUUCUAUAUUUUUACUGGAAUAACUAGAUAAAGUUGACACUUAAUUGUAAAUAUUGUGUUUGUCUAUUCGUGUAUUGUACAAGAGUAUCACUUGGUGUAACCCUGGUCUUAACAUGAAGCUCCUGCAAGAAUGAAGAGGUACUGUAGGAUGUGCAGGAAAGUGUUUAGGCAAUGUGUCACAUUUCAGUAUGAUGCUAUUGUACACCUCUUGUUUGCAAUGCUUAGAUCAACAAAGGUUGUAAAAGUCAUCAUGGUUCCAGUGUAUGAAUGUUUGUAUAUCUGUCUAUCUAAUUGUCACCUCAUUGAAUCUUACAUAUUAUCAUACAUUUUGAGAGGCCAUAAUUGUUGAAACUGUAAAUAAUAAAAAAAAUAAUAAUAAUUGGUUUAAAUAAACACCAGUUUGUUGAAAAUGUAGGUAAUUCCUCCCACCCAACAAACAAAAAUUGUGGUUUGGCUAAAUGUAUAGUUAGAUUGAAAAAACUGUCCUUUUUUAAGUUGUCCCAUUUGUAAAAAUACAGUUGUAUACAUAAGCACAUGUGAAUAUGACAACUCAAUGUGGUAGGGCAGGCAUACUCAACUCUAACCCUACGAGGUCCGGAGCCUGCU